AUGACAGUCACUCGCACCCAAGCGGGUAAAACACCCAGAAAAACAGCUCAUCCCGGGUACGUCGAGACUCCUGGCACCUUUAGAAAACCUCGGACCCGUAAAUCCACGGCCGCGCUUGGGGACUCGGAUGCGCAGGAUUCCUCCACCGGGCUCGAGGACGAUAUCCCAACCACGAAACGCGUUACGAGAAGCGCACGAAAGCCACCUCGCUCGUCGAGAACGAGUGAUGGUGCACAAGACUCGACUGACGGCGAGACGACACACGGCCUAUCAAAUGGCCAUGCGAACGGGACGGUCAAGCCCCAGGAAAAUGGAACGGUCAAAAAGGAGGCCAAUGGACAUGCCAUUUCUUCCCUGAAAACUGUCGACGGUUGGCGACCAGGUAUGGAUCCGAAGGUCGAUACCAGCGGCCAUUUCGAAUUUGGAGGUCCCGUGGGCGUCACAGCGAUGAUGAUCGGUUUCCCAUUGCUCAUGUACUAUAUGUGGAUCGGUGCAACUUAUUACGACGGAAAGUUUCCUUUACCUAGAUCCGACGAAACUAUGACAGACUUCUUCCGUGGCUUGGGCCGCAUGGUCUACUACGGAGCAUGGCCUUCGGCGAAAGCUUGGGUCAUGUACUGGACCUUUUUCAUCUUCGAAGCGGCAUUGUACUGUGUCAUGCCAGGCAUUUGGACCAAAGGCAAGCCGUUACCCCAUGAAAAUGGCAAGCGACUGGACUACUAUUGCUCGGGAAUGUGGUCGUGGUGGACCACAAUCAUUAUUGCCCUUGUUCUUCACUUUUCUGGACUCUUCAAACUCUACCAAAUCAUCGACGAGUUUGGGCCCCUCAUGUCGGUGGCCAUCAUCUCCGGCUUCUUAGUGUCCAUCGUCGCGUACACGUCGGCCCUCUACAGAGGCAAACAGCACAGGAUGACGGGCUAUACUUUGUACGACUUCUUCAUGGGUGCUGAACUCAACCCCCGCAUGUUUGGUAUCCUCGAUUUCAAGAUGUUCUUCGAAGUCCGCAUCCCUUGGUUCAUCUUGUUCCUCCUAACAGUGGGCACGGCCGCACGCCAGCACGAGCUAUAUGGCUACGUGUCUGGAGAAGUGGGAUUGCUUCUCUUGGCUCACUUUCUGUACGCCAACGCCUGUGCCAAGGGUGAAGAGUGCAUCGUUCCCACCUGGGACAUGUACUAUGAGAAAUGGGGAUUCAUGCUCAUCUUCUGGAAUCUUGCCGGUGUCCCCUUGACGUAUUGUCAUUGCACCAUCUACCUUGCCAAUCACCACCCCAGCACUUAUGCCUGGAACAAGUACGCAUUGGUUGCUUUGUACGCAGCCUACCUGUUUGUUUACUGGGUCUGGGACACGACGAACAGUCAGAAGAAUCGUUUCAGAGCGAAAGAAUCCGGUGGUGCUAUUACUCGGAAGGCUUUCCCUCAACUCCCUUGGCAGAGUAUCGAAAACCCGAAAGUCAUCAAGGCCGAGGAUGGUAGCGUCCUUCUCGCAGAUGGGUGGUAUGGCUACGCCCGUAAAAUUCACUACACCUGUGAUCUGUUCUUCGCUCUAUCUUGGGGAGCCAUCACAGGAUUUCAUUCGCCAUUCCCAUGGUUCUACCCGGUGUUUUUCACCUGCAUGAUUAUCCAUCGAGCCAUUCGGGAUAUUGAACGUUGCCGGAAGAAGUAUGGCAAAGCAUGGGAGGAGUAUGAGAGACAAGUUCCAUAUCUCUUUAUUCCCUACGUAUAUUAG